CACAAAGUGCUCAUAACCUACAAACUCCCAAAAGUCGUCGUUGAAAAUUUGUCGAAAGAUGGCGUAACUGAACGACAACAAAAAUGGCUGACAUAGUGGGGCUGAUCCAGCAACACGUCAAAUUUUCAUCGAUUUCAGGAGUUUUAUUGCUAUGUUCCCUACUCCUGUACAGUUACCUCCAUUUCAUUAUGGUUUUGUGGUCUUUUAUUGCUGGAAUUGCAGUAUGCUACUUUGUAUUCAACACAGAAACCCUGGUGCCAAACUUAUUGCUAUGGCAUGUUCGUCAGAAGAAGAAUUCCAAAGUGGCUGAGCUGUCUCUCACGAAGAAAACAUGCCCUGUUUGUGGAAGUGACAAUUGUGGCAGACACAGACCAGAAUUGAAUCUUGUUGCCCUCCAACCCUGGCACAAUCUCAAAAUACCAGAGAGAGUGGAUGAAGCUAUUGAAGAAUUCCUGAACCUGGUGCUGAAGAACUUUGUGUACACCUGGUACCAAGACCUCAGUGAGGAUGAAGCAUUUGUGGAUGACAUGAGGGCCAGUCUUAGGUUCAUUGUUGCAGUCUUCCUGAGGAGGGCACAAAAAAUUGACAUUCCAACACUUAUAACAGACAAGCUGAUGAGACAUGCUAUAAGGCAUCUAGAUUGUCACCUCCAAGCCAGAAAAAAGGCCCAUUUAGCUGGUUACCAAGGUGACCUCCAGCAGGCAACACUAGACUUCUAUGGCCCACAUCUUCACUGUGCAAUGAGGAACAGGAAGACUGAGCUAGAUUAUCUACGCAAGGUUUCUGAGGCUAUAUUUCCUUACAUACUUCCCCCACAGUCUUUACACUGCCAGAGUCUGUUGACUUUACUGAGAGAGAUAUUCUCCAGCUCCCUGCUCCUCCCUGCCAUGGAUGUUAUAGCUGAUCCUGACACAGUGAACAACCUCCUUCUAGUCUUCUUUGAUGAUACCCCACCCCCUCCCCCCACUGAGCCACCAUCAAAACAAUGGACCAUUCUUGCCAACUUUGCCCAGCCUCGAUGUAAGAGACAAUCAUCUCUACGUGUUGAGCUGGCUGACAUUCUCAAUAACCAAGAUGUCCUGUUCCCCUUCAUGCAGUUCCUCAAGUCAGAGGCCUCAGUGAAUGUCUUACAGUUCUGUCUGUCAGUUGAGGACUUCAACCAUAGGAUCCUAAACCCUGAGUUGUCCUCAGAACAGACCCUGAGUCUACAUACAGAAGCCAAGGAGAUAUAUCGCAUGUACUGCAAUCCUAAUGCUGUAGACAAGAUUAUGUUUGAUGAUGACAUCAUAGAAGAACUACGAGAAAUUACUGAAGGUCCACCAGAGGGCGUAGUAAAGCUCCGUACUACAACACCAUUAUUCCGGGCAUAUGAACACGCCUACAAUCUGCUUGAAAAUACAUUCCUGCCCCUCUUUCACCAGAGUGAUGAUUACUACACCAUGUUGUGUGGAGACCGAUUGCAAAACAGGAUUUCCAGAAGCUCCUCAAGUAAAAAGGGCAAGACUACUGCUGAGCCAUUGACCCUGUCCAGACUUGGGAGUAAGAUUAAGGGUGUCUUUAAGAGUACAACAGUUGAAGGUGCUCUUGUAGACAAUUUAGCUGUUGAUGAUGCUGAUGAGCCUGAUGGUGUCAGCAUAGCCUCUGGUAUGACUGAAGAUGAGGUGCCUGUUGCCAUGAUAGAAGAUGAUGGCCCCCUUCGUGAUCUCAGCACAUGGAGAGUGUCCAUUCCUCACGUGGAGGGACGCCUUGAGCCUGAUAACCCUAAGAAACAAUUCUAUGUGUUUGUUAUUGAAGUAAAUAGGGUGGAUGUUGCUGUGGAAGGACCUUCUCAUUGGUUCGUUGAUAGACGCUACAAUGAAUUUUACGCACUGGAACAGAAAAUGUCAGAAUUCCAUGGAGAGUUUCUUGAUUUCAAACUCCCAACCAAGAAACAGUUUGGGACAAAAGCUAAGGAGUUUCUAGAGACCCGAAAACAGCCAUUUGAAGAAUAUUUAAAGAAACUGCUCACUAGACCAGAACUAAAGGGUAGUGAAUUAUUACAUAACUUCCUGACCUCUGAGAACCAGUUGACUACCAGUCUACUGCCAGAUAUCAACAUAGGAAAGAUGUUCAAGUCAACAGCUAUGAUACUCAUCAAAGAGAAAGGGCAACAUUUAGACUCUUUCAUUCAGUCAUUUAUAAACUCCACCGAGGCCCCUAAACCUCGCCCUGGCAAGCUAGAAGAUAGAGACUCAGAUACAGUAUCCAUCUCAAGUGAAAAGCUGGCUAAUCCAAUGUAUGAAGACAAUGCUAGUCUGGACGUUUGUGAUAUCCAAGCUGAACCCAGAGGCAAUGAGGGAACAGAGGACAUUGAGGGUGCCUUUGAUACAAUACUCUAUAGGAAUAAUAUGUACAUCAAAAUCCACACACUUUAUGUACUUGCAGCUAAGAAUGUGUUCCAAAUAAAGGACCAGGUUCACCAUCUGCUGAUAACAGCUCGGAUGCUAGUUAAACAUACAUUAGAGAACUAUCUAGACUGGUACAUAGGCUUUAAGCUGGAGCAGGUCACUCAGGAGCACAGAGUUGUGUCUCUUAUACAUUUACUUAGAGAUCUCCUAUUCUUUGAUGAUGAUCCCUCAAGAACUGAUGAACAAAAGCUAGAGAGGAAAAAUAAAACAUUUGCAGAGCUAAAGAAAUUCCUACCAGGGGUGCUACCUAAGAUUACUGGGGAAGAGGAGUAUGAAAAAGGCUGCAAAGUUUUCUUUGACCUUCUACAAUAUCCUAAAUUAAAUAAACAGCUGUCCUAUGUCUUGCUUGAUAUACUACUACUAGAGCUCUUCCCUGAGUUGAAUGAUGAUAAUACUGCAACACAAUAGGAUUACUUCACAUUAUGUAGGGUGACAUCACACAAUGUAGGGUGACAUCACAGAGAGUAGAAUGACAUCACAAAGAGUUGAGUAAUAUUGUACACACUAAGAUGGCAUCACACACAAUAGGAUGACAUUCAUUUGUUGACAUCAUACAUAUUAGGAUAUCAUUACACCAUAUGGUGACCUCACAUAAAAUGACAUUUUAUAGAACAGUAUUAGAACCAUCUUCGACUUCCAAGGUGCUAUAACACAUUUGGAGCAAAUGAAACCUUGUGAAUUAAGAUGAUUGGAACAGUAUUUAAGAAGUUCGUGAAGUGUGGUAUUUCUCAUCUCUAUGAAAUUGUUCUUAUCUUGUUACAUCAUAUUAUUACAAGUUGCUAUCAUUGGUCAUUUAUUAAUUACUCAUCACAUCCUUUAAGAAUAUCAUUGCAGUACUUAAAGAGGGUGAUCAAUACAUAAAAUGGACUAUAAUAUGUACAAUGCGGCUGUGAAAUAGCAUUGUUUUAUUGUAUUCAUUGUUUGAUAGUAGUACUGCUUCAUUCAUUUAACUGAAUCUGUUUGUUUCAUGAAUAUACAAUGAUUUUAUUUAUAAAGUCUAUGACUAUGAUAUUCAUAGUGUUACACAUAGUCUGCAUAAUGAUGAAUUUCUUGUGUUUGUUAGUAUUAGGUCUGAAGCAAAAUGUGCAAUAUUUUUUUACUUUUGCCAUCCAUAUGGAGCUAAAGUAACUAAUGAAUGUGAU